UAUACUUAAAUGGUCUUGUUACAAAUUAUGAUUGUUAGAAAUAUAUUAAUAUUGUUGUUGUGUAUUUAAGGAAAUCGCCAUAAAGAAAACUCAGGAGGCGUAGAAUAAUUAAACAGCACUAUAUUUAGAAAAUGUCCGACAACCGUUACAGCGAGUGUGUGUGUGUGUGUGUGUGUGUGUGUGUGUACGAAGGAUCUCGAAUCAAUGUCGACUUCCGUCUUCUCCCUGUCGCGCACGCUCCUCGCGACAUCUCCCUAAUCCUGCUCGAUUUGCGAUCGUCGCACGCGUGUCGCGAGCCUAUUCGCGGAGCUUUAGGCGUGCGCGCUACUAGAAGUGUAGUUCUUGAGCGCACGCAUUAAACUGAUGUACACACAUACAUAACAAUUAUGAUUUGCAUUUUUGUUGUAUUUUGUUGUAUUUUUCAAACGUAUUUUUAUUUACUAGGAGGGGAUUCACCCCAAAACGAAAUAAAAAAUUCAUUGGAAAAAAUUUUCACAAACAAAUUAGGGAUGAAAUGUUGUCAUGAAAAAGGCAAAAAGGGAACUUUGCAGUAAACAUGGUAAUUAUAAUGGAGAUAAUAAAAUAUGCUACUCGAAAACAUUUUCCGAAUUUAACGGACAAACAGAUGCAAAACUACGUAUCCGCAUGGCUAAAGUAUGCUAAAACAAGAUAUGACAGACAGCAGACAAAAGUACAACCGGAAUAAAAACUUUGACAUGCCACAAAAAGUGCUAUGUAAAGGUGUCGAUAUAGUGCGACAAACAAAUUCACGCAAAGUAUUUGGUAUACCUUUAUACAAGUUGGACUGCGGUGAUGGCACAGUAUCACUCGUAGUAGAUCGAUUGAUCACAAUUAUCGAGAUGCAUGGUCUCUAUACCGAGGGUAUAUAUAGAAAGAGCGGCGUCAGUUCCAAAGAGAGAGAACUCAAAAUGAAAAUGGACGAGGGCAACUUAGAGAAGGUGGAUUUCGAAAACUACCAAGUGCGUGUUCUAGCGGUGUAAAACGUGAAAAACUAGAAAGUAUUUAAAGAAAAGCGUACUGCUCUUAAUAUACAUACAUAUACACACAUACGUUGUCACGUAUUUUUCCUGACGCCGGAGAGCA